AUGAUUGUUUUGACUCCAACAAAAACCAAGCCUGUCUAUGCCAAGCGUUCUCUUCCCAACACAAUCCCUAUUUUCCCUCCAAAAAUUAUCGAGCGCAUUCUGCUAUAUGUUGGGCUUACUACACUUCGUCUAACGGUUCCUUUGGUUUGUCGCCAAUGGCACGAUAUCGCCCAACCGCUCCUCAAAAGAUGCGUCCGCGUCUCUGCCAUCCGAUUUGGUCGUGCAUUGACUAGACAGCAGAAGCAAAAAAUGAAGAUUACUACGGAGGAGCAUAUGGCGAUAAAGAAGCUGGAGCUGACGCACCAAUUAAGACUGGCCCACACUCUCGUAUACGAAGCAGGAGUAUCAGGAGCAUUACCCUAUUUCGGCCUGUGUAGAAUAUCAGCCGCUGUGGAAAAAAGAGCUUGGUCCAUUCUCAAUGCCACUUUAGCCUCAUUGUCAAUAUCUCGCCCUCAGGAUCUCAUGAUUCAUCAACUUAUCCUUGAUGCUGGGUUCGCAUCCUGGGUUUGGGACCGCUUGCAGCCCCUCUUGACGCUUGUUGGCCACAGUCUCGUUCAUUUGCAUCUAGAGAAUUUCCCGGCCAAAACGAUUAUCCCCAUUGCCUUGAUUAUGGAGUGUUGCUCGAAUCUCAAGCACCUCUUUUUAGCAAGGCGUGGUGGGUAUGAGUCUGGAAGCGAUGUUUCCAAGCUAGAAGAAAUGGAUAAUUCAGACAAGGAAGCCAAUACAUUCAAUUGGCCAUUACAAUCUAUCACACUCGAUAGCCUCAAUUUGACGCAAACCGCAUUGGAGCCAUUGCUACAGAGAUGUCCCGACUUGACAGAGCUAAGGAUCGUUCGCUUUCAGCCUUGCAUAUCUGGAGAUGUGUCAUCUGCCAGACUAGAGAACUUUCUCUUCAACCAGGUAGAAAGAGAGCGGUUCUUUGGCAGGCUCGCACUAUAUUGUCCAAAACUUGCGAGCCUUCACGUCUCAGAAGCUUUAGACGGGAGGUGUGGCGGAUUUGACGAAGUAGUGCCGAUUCCUCAGUUUCCUUUAGUUGAGCAGUGGGGAUUUUCGACAUUAAGCAUGAACAGGAUGCCACCACGCUCCGUCAAAAUGCUUUUGGAUAAACACAUGAUGAAAAAUCGAUUGACCAGUAUUGAAAUCCUUAUAGCGAGAUCUAGCAAUGUUAUCAUGUUUGGGUAUCAAACUGAUCGAAUUACUAGGUCUGUCCCUCAACAAAUCUGGGCGUGUCGAAGGCUCAGGACGCUCCAUGUCAGAUUCGACGAAGCAUGUAGCACACAAAGCCUAGACGAGCAGGCGCGUGUACUCUAUGGAUAUGUUAGUCGUGUUUGCCCGGAUUUAGAAGAUCUGCUCAUUAGGGGGAACGGGAUCAAGGAUCGGCUUCAAUCUCCUGUCAGCAUGUGUUUAUUAUCUAGGCUAAAGCGACUGAAGAAAUUGAGGCUUGUGGAAGUCCCGUAUAUGUGUGAGAAGGAUUUGGAUUGGAUAAAGGAACAGUAUUAUUAUGACAUACAGGAACAGUUGAAGCUAAGGCUGGAAUGGGAGCUGAAGAAAGAUAAACGACACUCCAUGGUCAAGUCGAUGGUAAGGCGAUGGAGAACUCUGCGUAUCAUGAACGCACCUUUUUGUGCUGGUGAAAGUUCAAGUAUGGCGGAGCAGAGUCUUGGAGUUUCGGUAGAUAAGGAAACUAUGCCUUCAGGAGUGGAAAAAGAAUCAAAAACGCAGAGUGAUGUGAUUGAUGGGGUAGAUAUGACUCACCUUGGUGAACUGCAGGAUAUAGUAAAUUACUUUCAUUAUCGACGUGCUAACCGCGAUGAAAGUCUAUGGCCCGAACUGGAGACCAUAUUCAUCUACUACUUCGCUAGUCAUGCCCUUAUUGAUGGGAUGUGGAGAGGCUAUGGAUAUUUCACACGUCAAGCGCGAAGUAUGAUCAAGAAAUUUCGACCUGAGAUUAAUGUGGUUAACGUUGGGAUGUUACCCGAGCAAGAAGGCAGAGAAAGCACAGGAGCAGAUUGUAUCUCAGUUGGUCAGAGUGUUUCCACACGGCUGCCUCCUGAGGUUAUUGAGCGCAUAUUUUCGUAUUUAAGUCAAGGCGUCCUCCGGUUCUAUGUUUCCUUGGUUUGUCGUCAAUGUCGGCCUGCACACUCGUUUACGAAGCAGGACUCUCACCAAAGUCCAAUGCAUCGGGGCUGUGGCCUGGACAGGAAGAGGCAGCUUGGUCUAUCCUUCGCGAUUCCAUCAUAUCUCAAUGCAUCCUUAACAAUAUCGCUGAUAACGCUGAUUCGACAGCUUGUUCUGGACGUCGAGCAGUUGGCCCUCAUUUGGUCACGAUUGAUACCGCUUCUCGAAUUUCUUGGCUCUGGGCUUGUCAGUUUUCAUCUGGACAAUAUCCUUUGUGGUGUCCUUGUGCCCAUCAACAGGAUCAUGGAGCUUUGUCCAAAUCUACAGGAUUUACGCAUAGCAUCAAAUACCCCUCGUUUCGGAAAGGAGCCAGCAAGGCUAAAGGAGGAUAGUGAGCGCAGCAUUGUUACAGGUGGCUCGACCACCCCCAUUGCCGCUAAUGGUAAUAGAAUGCAUCCUGGAAAUUAUUGGCCACUACGGUCCGUCACAUUCGACAACUUAGCGCUGACCCAGACUGCACUCGAGUCAUUUAUCAGGAGCUGUCCACACCUGGUGAAGCUCCGACUCAUCCGCUUUCAGCCAAUCUCUGCCUUCAGCAGUAUCCACGCUGAAUCUAUCGGAAGUUUCCUCUUUAUCGAGCAAAGAAGACAGAAAUUCUUUGAAGAUGUAGCAUUCUAUUGUCCCAAACUAAUAGCACUCCAUGUUGCAGAAGCACUCGAUGCCGCAGAGGCACUCGAUGUAUGGUACGAAGGGAGAGGUGAUAUGGUUGCGCCGAUUUCACAACUCCCUAACGUGGAGCACUGGGGAGUUUCGACAAUGAGCAUGCUCAGGGUACCAACUUCUCCUACUAGUAUCCUCCUGGAGCGCCACAGGAUAGAGCACAAAUUGACUUCAGUUGAAAUUGAAGGGUUCUGUAAAGGCACCGCGUCUUACCGCAUUAACGACAAUGCCAAAUGGUUCGAGGAGCUGCUAUGUCAAAGCCCACUGUUGGAGCAUUUCAAAGCAAAGGAGAUUCGGUUCCCACUACGACUACUCUACGUGACUAAGGAGCUGUCUGUGAAACCGAAGCGAACUAUUGUCGAGUACGGGGAAGGCGACUAUGAGUACCCAGUUGUCCAGCGCGUAUGGGCUUGUCGAAGACUCAGGACGCUACAUAUCCGAAUCGAGGAAUCCCAUGAUGAGCACAUGCAGGAUUAUGAGGAGCAGACUCGAGUGGUGUUUGGAUAUAUCAGCCGUGUUUGUCCGGAGCUGGAGGAGCUGUCUAUUCAUAGUACCAAUUUGAUCCGACGCUCACCCAUCAGCCUAUGUUUGCUGCCGCGAUUGAAGCGCCUAAGGAUUUUGCAGUUGAGAUACAUAUAUUUUUUGGACUACAGUCAAAUUGACUGGAUGAAGUGGUAUCAUUACUACGAUGCAGAUGAAUUUUCAUUAACACCAGCCUGGGUCAAAUCAUUGUGGAUGAAAUGGACGCCUGAUCAAUGGAGAAGUAGCAGUCCUAUCAACAAGGGCCAUAAUAUGUGCUUGGCAGAGCGGUGUUUCAAUGCUCCAAGUAUUGCUGAUGACCCUGUUGCGGAUAUCACAGCCAUCAGAACCAAUCUUAGAAAUAAGCAUGAGAUACAUAACCCGGAGGGCCAUGGGGAAAAAGAUACAAGAGAGAUAAUUGGUGGCGUUGACAUGACCCAUCUUGGACAACGUCAGGAUAUAGCUGAUUAUUUUCAAGAACGGCACGCCAACAGACACGUCUGUCUCUGGCCGAACAUGGAGGCGAUCCAUAUCCGAUAUGAUAUUGAUGAUAUUAUAACACCCAAGUUCUUUGACCCAUGCAUACGCCUAUUACGAAGUCAUAUUAACAAGUAUCGACCGGAGAUUGAGGUUAUUUGUCGUGGCGAGACUACUGCUUCUACAACCGGAAAGCGUCCCUCAAAAAUCUGUACAAUGCUAUCUGUACUCCCAACAAAGACCUGGAGUCGUAUCCUCUCAUUCCUUGGACAAGGAAUCCUUCGUUUUACAAUAUCCUUGGUCUGUCGUCAAUGGCACUGGCUUGCACAGGCGCAUAUCAGGAAAACAAUUUGCAUCUCCAUUGCACAACUCGACUACGGAAGCGGCUGUGGGGGACCAUCCAAAAUACCAUUAGCGAGAAUGAAAAGAAGCUGUGCUCUCAAACAACUAGCACACAACUUGAGAAAAAGAAUACUAUCAGCAUACACUCUCGUUCAUAGCACGGGGCAAUCACCAGAUUAUUUUAAAAAACUGUUUCCUGGGGAUGAAGAGGAGGUUUGGGCCGUUCUCCUGGACGCUUUAACCGCCGCAACGUCGCCAUCGCCGUCACUAUUACCAUCAUCGCCAGAAUCACUAUCAUUUUCAGCGGCAUCCUUCAGGAAAAAUAAGAAUGAUUGCAGUUAUUCUGGUGGCAGUGUCAGUAGUGACCAACUUAAAAUCCGUCAAUUGGUUCUUAAUGCGGACAUAUACCAAGUACCUACUACUAUUGGCACCGCCACUAAAGUCAACCGCCAGUGGCCAUUACAAUCAGCUACAUUUGACAAUAUGGCACUAUCACUGACAGCGCUCGAAUCCUUUGUCCGGAGUUGUCCCAACCUCACAGAGCUUCGGAUGAUUCGUAUUCAGGCCAUGCCCGCCACUAACACUAUUCCUGAUCAGAUUAUGAACUUUUUAUUUGAUAAGGAAGCAAGGAAACAGUUCUUUCAUCGUCUAUCGUCGCCACCACUAGCAUCACUAUCGUCGUCAUCAUCAAAUCUGUCUCUCUAUUUGCCAAAGCUCAAAAGCCUCCAUGUAUCCAAAGACUACAACCCUGAUUAUUCAAUAAACCCAACCCAUGACGAAGUAGUGCCAAUCAGGCAGUUCCCGAUGGUUGAGCAAUGGGGGUUUUCUACGAUGAGCAUAAGAGUGGACUUUCCUUUCUCAGCCUGUGCAUUGUUAGAUCGACACAUACAACAGCUCAAUUAUCUGACAUCUGUCGAAAUUUUGGGCUACUCUAGACCUUCAGGAGCUUUACACCAAAUUGAUUAUGAACCGAUGCCCGGACAAUUUACAGAAUGGGUACAUAGUUUUUUAUGCUCCAACCCUCAGCUGCAACAUUUCAAGGCCUCUGUGGUCAGUUUUCCUAUUCGAAUGUUAUACCUCAUUAUGGACGAUGAUAUGAUGGCAUGCGUACUUCCUGGCUAUGUUACUCGUGUCUGCCCAGAAAAUGAGGACCUAUGGACAGUACCAGACCAAGUCGCUAUGGGAACUUGCACAAAACAGCAGGCAUUCUUUUGCCUCAACAAUCAUGAGGCCAUUUCAAUGGCUUUGGCAGGAUCGGCGGCUGCGCAACUCAUCACUCGAUGA